AUGGCUUCCACCGCCUUAACUCCGGCCAUUUCAGUCCUUAAGUCAACCGGCGGAGUCGCCACUCGCGCACGCGCCACCGCUUCCCUUUUACCCAUUUCCUCUAAAUCAAUCUCCGUGCGUCCUCUCGGCUUCUCCGCCGUUCUCGGCUCUCGUUUCUCUCUCCACGUCGCUUCCAAAGUUGGAUCGGUGAGAGGGAAAGGAAGCAGGGGAGUGAUUUCCAUGGCGAAGAAGAGCGUCGGAGAUUUGACAUCAGCUGAUUUGAAAGGGAAGAAGGUUUUCGUCAGAGCUGAUCUCAAUGUACCUCUCGAUGAUAACCAGAAUAUCACCGACGAUACUAGAAUCCGUGCCGCGAUUCCGACCAUCAAGUAUUUGAUCGACAAUGGUGCUAAAGUCAUCCUCUCUACUCAUCUGGGUAGGCCAAAAGGAGUCACACCAAAGUUCAGUUUAGCUCCUCUUGUUCCUAGGUUGUCUGUGCUUCUUGGUAUUGAGGUCACUAAAGCUGAUGACUGUAUCGGUCCGCAAGUGGAGAGCUUGGUGGCUUCUCUUCCUGAAGGUGGAGUUUUGCUUCUUGAGAACGUCAGGUUUUACAAGGAAGAAGAGAAGAACGAUCCUGAGUUUGCUAAGAAGCUUGCUUCACUAGCUGACCUCUAUGUCAAUGACGCUUUUGGAACUGCUCACAGAGCUCAUGCUUCUACCGAGGGAGUCACAAAGUUCUUGAAGCCUUCAGUUGCUGGUUUCCUUCUGCAAAAGGAGCUGGAUUACCUUGUGGGUGCUGUUUCAAACCCAAAGAGACCAUUUGCAGCCAUAGUGGGUGGUUCUAAGGUCUCAUCAAAGAUUGGUGUUAUUGAAUCGCUUCUUGAGAAGUGUGAUAUCCUUCUUCUUGGUGGUGGAAUGAUCUUUACGUUCUACAAGGCUCAAGGUCUUUCUGUUGGCUCGUCCCUUGUUGAAGAAGACAAACUUGAAUUGGCUACAGAACUCCUUGCCAAAGCUAAGGCUAAAGGAGUCUCUCUUUUGUUGCCAACCGAUGUUGUGGUUGCUGACAAGUUCGCUCCUGAUGCCAACAGCAAGAUUGUGCCUGCUUCAGGCAUUGAGGACGGGUGGAUGGGAUUGGAUAUCGGUCCAGACUCUAUAAAAACUUUCAAUGAAGCUUUGGACACAACACAGACCGUCAUUUGGAAUGGACCUAUGGGAGUUUUCGAGAUUGAGAAGUUUGCAGCUGGAACAGAGGCGGUUGCGAAUAAACUAGCAGAGCUAAGUGAAAAAGGAGUGACAACGAUAAUAGGAGGAGGAGACUCAGUGGCUGCAGUGGAGAAAGUAGGAGUUGCAGGAGUCAUGAGUCACAUCUCCACCGGUGGUGGAGCGAGCUUGGAACUUUUGGAAGGCAAAGUGCUUCCCGGUGUGAUUGCCCUUGAUGAAGCCAUCCCAGUCACUGUUUAA